AUGAGCGAAGUGAUUCAGAAGCCCAUUACUUUACAAGAAUUCUUUCCCAAAGGAUAUCUAGAUGAUGAAGUCGUGACAACUUACAUAGUGUCAACUGGGAAAGCGAGCCCUAAUGAUGAAGAUAACAAGGAUCAAAAUGAAAACCAACCUGUAAAGGACCAUACAAAGGAUACAUCCAUCAUUGAAAAGUUUGAUGACAAGGAAGUAAUUGGAGUGGUGGCAGACCAUAAAUUGUUUACAGAAAUAGAAGUUCAUUUUACAGAAGCCAAGUUUUAUAUUGAGCCCGAUACACCUUCGGAGGUGCCCAUCCCAAGCUAUCCAUCUACACAAGAAGUUGAAUCUGUAAAACCAAAAGAUGCAUUGUCUGACCCUUUAGAUGUUUCAUUGACAGACACUAUAAAGUAUGGUGUCCCUCGAUACAUCAUCAUUGAUAAUGGAAAGAAUUUCAAAGAUAGUUGGGUGACUGACCUUUAUGAGAAGUUUGGCUUCAAACAACCUAAAUCUUCCAUGUACAACGCCCCUGCCAAUGGUCUUGCUGAAGCAUUCAAUAAAAAUCUUUGUGAAUUAUUAAAGAAGAUGGAUUCUGCCAUGAGACUUGACGAAAGUGGAUCAGAAGAUGAUCUUGAUUUGAUUGACCUUGAAGUGGAUCAGAAUGAAAAUGCAGAUGUGCAAGCGCAACCGAAAAAGAAACAAGACACGAAGCGCAAAAGAAAACUCACAUCAAAAGUUUGGUUGCACUAUGAUAUACUUCCACCCGGUAAGGACAAGAAGAGAAGAUACAGAUGUAAGAAGUGUGGGACUGAGUAUAUUGCGGAGGGUAGGUAUGACACUGGUAAUUUAAAGCGGCAUAUAGAUUCGUGUGUUAGGAAGGAUACACAGGACAUAGGUCAGUUGCUUUUAUCUCAAUCAUCUGAAUCCAUAUCUAUGCGUGCUUCUAAGUUUGAUUUUAAUAGAUUUCAUGAGUUAGUGAGUGCUGCUAUCAUUAUGCAUAAUCUGCCAUUUCAAUUUGUUGAAUAUGAGGGCAUUAGAAACAUGUGUCAUUAUUUAAAUGAGGAGGCUCAGCCCGUAAGUAGGAACACAGCCAAGGUUGACAUAUUAAGGAUGUAUAAAAAUGAAAAGGGUAGGCUUCGACAUAUGUUGGAAUCAACAAAUGGUAGGAUUUCUCUGACAUCUGAUUUGUGGUCUUCUCUAACUACUGAUGGGUACUUAUCUCUUACUGCACAUUUUAUUGAUGUGGAUUGGCGCUUACAAAAAAGAAUUUUGCACUUCUCUUACAUGCCAUCUCCACACAAUGGUGUUGCUUUGACAGAAAAGAUUUAUACAUUACUAGUUGAAUGGGGGAUUAAAAAGAAACUAUUUUCAAUUACUCUAGACAAUGCUUCUUCAAACUGUUCAUUUAUUGAAUUGUUGAAGUCUCAACUCAAUUUGAAUGAUGCUUUAUUAAGUGGUGGAGAGUUUUUUCACAUUCGUUAUUGUACACAUAUCUUAAAUUUGAUAGUGCAAGAGGGGUUAAAAGAGGUUGAUGAAUCUAUCAUAAAGAUUCAUGAGAGUGUUAAGUAUGUUAAAGGUUCUCAAAUGAGGAAACAAAAAUUCUUUGAAUGUGUCCCUCAUUUGAGUGAUUCAAAUUACAAGUUUUGCCCAUCUCAAGAGGAGUGGAGUAGGAUAGAAAAGAUUUACAACUUCUUAACUGUUUUUUAUGAUGUUACAAACAUCUUUUCUGGAUCCAAGUAUCCCACGGCAAACUUGUACUUUCCAUUUGUGUUUUUGGUUCAAUUGACAUUGCGAGAGGAAAUGGAUAGUAGGGAUCAGUUUAUAAGCAAGAUGGCAACUCAAAUGUAUUCAAAGUUUGCAAAGUAUUGGUCUGAUUAUAGCAUGAUCCUUGCUAUUGCUGUAAUUUUAGAUCCUAGAUACAAGCUUGGGUUUGUUAUUUUUAGCUAUAACAUGCUUAAUGGUGAUAACAACAUUGAGAGCACACUAGUUCGUGAUGCACUAUUUAACCUUUUGGAUCAAUAUUUGUUGAAUUCUCCUAUAGCUUGUACCACCAAAUCCACAUCUUCACCAAAUGAUGGAAGUGAGCACCAGCAAGUUGAUGAGGGACAGUUAACUAAAAAGUUCAUUGAUGUUAUGAAGAAUGAUAAAUUGCUUGGAAAUGUCCAAAAAUCAGAGUUGGAACUCUAUUUAGAUGAACCAAAAAUCAAUAGGAAUGCGAACCUUGACGUGCUUACCUAUUGGAAAGCCAAUCAGUUUAGGUAUCCUGUGCUUGCUCAAAUGGCUCAUGAUAUAUUGAGCAUUCCAAUCACUACAAUUGCUUCUGAGUCUGCGUUUAGUGUUGGUGGUCAGGUUCUUGAUCAAUAUCGUAAUGCACUUAAACUAGAAAAUGUGGAAACUUUGGUAUGCACGAGGGACUGGAUUUUUGGUUUGAAAGAUACAAUGAAGCUUCACACAGAUGACUUGAUUGAUGAUGUAAUGAAACUUAAUAUCAACAAUGAUGACCCUGCUGUAGGCCAAUGUUCCACCAGUGUUAGCGUGACCGAACAUUAA